CAUUUUUUUUUCCCUUGUAAAUUCAAGUGAUAAUUUGAAAAACUCAUCAAACCCAGAGAAAUCUUAUUCAGCCUUGAAAAUCUGCAUUCAUUAUCAUGUUAUGAAAUCUCAUUGUUGUAUCAUAAAGCUGAACCCAUGUAGACAACCCCUCUAGUCAUAAGUGACCACACACAGCGCGGGCAAAUAGCUGUGAUGCUUGCAUAGUGCUAAGCAUGGUGCUGACUGGGAAGGUUUACUUUGCCUGCUGCUCCUCCACGGUCCAGUUAUGUCUAGGACGUCACAUGUAAUUAGGAUUUCUUUUCUCAAAUGGUUCUUUUCUGUUCUGCAUACUUUACAGGCAGGGCCACUCUCUCCCUGUCUCUCUCCAUUGUCCUCUUUGUAGGCAGUUGUAUUCCAGGCUCCAGAGAAGAGCUCUACUGUACUUUGCCAGCCACAAUGUUCUGCUCUCAUUCAUAAAGGUACUGAAUGCUACUCCCAACCUACCUUGAGAAUAUAACAAUUAUGUAAAUGUUAAUAGUUUGAUUUUAAAUUAAAUCUCAUUGAUACUUAGAAUGUAUUUUAUUAUUGUGACUAAGAAAAAAUAAAGUUCCAGAAUGCUAUGUUGGUUUGUAUAAAUUUGAAAAUGACGUUCUUUAUAUAACGACGUUCUUGUAUAAAUUUGAAAAUAACAUAGACACGUUUCUUACAAAAUAACCUUUAACAAAGAUGUAUUGUUUUAUAUUCAGUAAACACCUACUGAGUCCCUACUGAGCCCCUGUGCAGAGCACAGAUGCUUCAAGAUCGUACUUUUCUUAGAUCAGGUUGACUGGUUAGCAUCCUUUUCUUGUGAAUUUCUGAACAUUUUAUCCCCAGAUCAAUAGAUAAAUGUGGCAGAUGUCUUAUACCAUUUCCCUUAGCUUAGCUGUAGACUGUCAGGAAUACCUGUCCAUUGGACUAAUGGCUGCUAACAACUUACUUGGGGGGGUCUGUAGAACCCUGCAGCUGUGUGCUAGCAAAAUGGCAGAAACUGCCCUGCAGUCUUCACGCUGUCAGUCUCUACUCAUGCUGCCUUCCAUUGGAAACGUCUUUGUUCUCAGUUUUUUUCUAUUUGAAAUUUUAGAUAUCUGUUGUCCAGUCUGGUAACUCAACCCAUCCUCUACUGAGAAAGGUAGGAGACGGAGACGGUUUACUAAAAUGCCAGCAAGGUCCAGGCUUGUUAUAAAGAAAUCAGAGGACAUCUGUCUUCCCUAUCCAGGGAUCGAACUGGAGUCCUCUGCAUUGGCAGGUGGAUUCUUUACUGGCAAGUACGUGUAUCAGCCGAUGACCCCUGUGGAACAGCUUCCCAGCACUGAGAUUCCUGCAAAGCCUCGGGAGCCUGCGAACACCAUUCAGAUUUCGGUCUCCCUCACUGAACACUUUCUGAAAUUCGCAUCUGUUUUCCAGCCCCCUCUCCCCCCUGACUCGCCAAGGUACUGUAUGAUCUCAGACCUCUUUAUUGACAACUAUCAGGUUAAAUGUAUUAAUGGGAAGAUGUGUUACGUGCAGAAGCAGCCGGCACCACAUUCCCACAAAAUGAGCCCCGAGGAGGUCUCUGCACAUGAUGCCUUUAUUUCAAAAGAGAGCAACACACCAAAAAUAGAUCACUGCUCUUCUCCCUCAAGUUCCGAGGACUCUGGGAUCAACGCGAUCGGGGCUCACUAUGUGGAAUCGUGUGAUGAGGACACAGAAGAAGGAGCAGAACUGAGUUCAGAGGAGGAUUACAGUCCAGAGAGCAGCUGGGAGCCAGAUGAGUGCACCCUUCUUUCCCCCUCGCAGUCUGAUCUGGAAGUGAUUGAAACAAUAGAAACCACCGUGUGAGGGUGCAGGCGGGAAGCCACGUCCUCUGAUCCGUGCUGAGCUUUUGUACUUUUGUCUGAUGGAUCCUUUUUCCAGUGCAGUCAGUGUUUUCUACCCCUCUGUAACAACCAGAGCAGUUCAGUGGUCUGCUGAUUUAGCUUCAGUUUUAAAUUCGUCUUAUAACUAAGACAUUCUUUUGUUAUAAAUGGUUUUCUUUUGUAUCUUCACUUCCUUUCUGUGUAGCAUCUGGCGUCAUGAAUUGUGACCCAGCCUUAAUUUCACUGGGAACUUUGAAAGCGAUGAAGCGAUGAUCACAGAGCGUCAUGGAUCAGGUUGAGGAGAUACCCAGAGUGAAGGAGACACUGUUCUAAAAAUAGCCAGUUCUUCGCAGAACAACUCUCUGGCAGCCCUUUUGGCAUGCUGAUGAGCACUGCUCCCCUGCUAGUCCCGGGUGGAGAAUUGGUUCACGUGACCUGUUCAGGCUGUGCUCUGGCGCAGGCCAUUCUGUCCUUCCCUCAUCUCCCUACCACCUGCCCUGGCUCUGGGCCAGUGUUGCCACAGCUUCCUGGAGGCCAGCUCAGCCCCCAGUUAAGGCAGUAUCUGCACCACCAGUCCUCCAUGACCUGGCGCUGGGCUAGACCUCGCUCCAGAAGAGAUGACAUCAUCUGUUUCAUGCUCAGUCCAGCUUAGGUUGAAUGCCUCUCCCCACUCCAGGGUGCUGUGAGGAUACAGAAUGAAUAAGGCCUGACUCCCAGCAGGAAGGGACCAUAGUCCACUUGGGGAGGUAAUCCAUGCAGGUGAGGGGACCUAGAGUGCCCCGGGAACCCAGGGGAGGCAGAGAUGCACUUGGCUUGUGCUAGCUGGAGAAGGAGUAGCAUUUGAGCUGGCCUCAGGGGUGGCUUCCUCAACAUUUCCCUGCUUUUUAAAAUUGUUCAAAUAUGCGGGAAACUUUUAGGAAGUCAUAUAGGUAUUAUAUUUAGGAGGCAGCCACAUCUGAUGUCUUAAGGAAAAAAAUCAAUAAUAGUUUUAGUUAGCAUGGAAAUGCUAAAGACAGCAGUCCAUUAGGGAUUAGGAAUGAAUCUAAUAGGUUUGAUUAACUCUGCUUCAUUUGGUUGUAUGAAGCAUUAGAAUGGCUUAGGUGAGAAAUGGAUUAGAAUUCAGUAUGAUGCAUGGAUUUUUUAUGCCAAUGCAAAAACAGUUGAAAUAGUUCACUGCUAAGUCAGGAGAAAAUAUUUUGUGUAAUAUUCAUUCCCUUUACUACAGUAAUAUUCAUGGGCUGUUGUAAAUGUUCUCUUUUCUUACACACAUAAAAUAGUGACUGAUUCUUUCUUAUUUAGCUCUCUUCAGAAUUUUGCUCCUAAUCUCCAUUUAUAAUAGGUGUUCUUGUGUGAGUUGGUUAUCUGCCAUUUCUCCAAAUGUACUGUCUGUGAGGCAUUGUUAAGAAUCCAGGAAAUUUGAAAUACGGCCACAUGAAACUAAACUAUCCAAGUUGGAGACAGAGAAUCACUUCUUGUACGCUGACUCUCCAUGAGCCUGCUUUUGUGGCAUCAUCGUGUGCUCUGUUGGCAUUACGAUGCGACUCUCCUGUGUCACGUUAGUUCCUAUUUUAAGAAACAAGAAGAGGCCUGUUGUGUCCUUUCCUGAAGCCUCCACUUGGCAUCCUGCACAAAUCUCUCCGGGCAGAACCUGCUUUCCUAGUUGUACGUGCAGUCCACGUGACUGGCUAGAACAUUUUGUUAGGUUCAGGCGCCCUAAACAUCCUUAGGGUUUAGGAAGCAGAGUGCGCGUAUUCCUUUGAAAGCAGUGUUACUUAACACUUUGUGUGGUAGGUGAGAAUGCAGCCAGCAUAAAGUUUCCACUUACUGAAACAUAAAGACUCAACACAUCAACCGAGAAGGUGCUGUCCAGAGCUCCGGGGCCAGCGGGGCCCAGGAGAGGGCGGCAGAGGCAGGUGUGGGGAGAAAGGCUUAGGGACAAAGAGCUGAUGAGCCCUGCUCUGGGCUCUCCCAGUGCUGCCCGGACUGACUGGCCAGCUGCAACCAGGGUCCUGUCUGCACCUAGCCGUGGCUGAGCUCAUUUCAUCCCUGGACAGGAAUACGAGGCUCUCUUUGUACUGUUCCUAUCAGUUCUCUCCUCUAUCUGUUAAUGUGUUGAUAGUUCGGGUCAAUCACCAGGUCUCCAAAGCCAUGGGAAUCCAUGGGCUCAGGGCCACGCUUCUGAGGCUGGCUGUGCCAGGGUUGGGCCCUUCUUAGUAAUAUCUAUGACUUUUGCCUAGGUUCCUGUUUUUAAAAACUCCUGAACUGCCAUUCAGAUUAGCCAGGAUUUUAAUGGAAUUUUUGGAUUUAACACUAGUUGAUAAUCACUUUAACUCUUUAUAAUUAAAAACUCAACUAAGAUUCACUUACUACUAUCAAUUUUAUAGAAUUGGAGACAUCCCAUUGGAUUCUAAAUAUCAAAUGCUCCUGGAUCUCAAAAUAGCCUUUUCUAAAUAAGCACAAGCAAGGAUUUUUUUGUCCUAUCACUGUUAAUAAUUAUCUGAAAAUCAUAUAUGAUUGAACCAGAAUUGUUUCUUUAUGCUUGCAUUCCAAAAACAACUGAUAAGGGUAUAAAAAUAUGUAGUUUCAACUUAAAUUCUAGGCCUAUUCUGUUCUAUAUUAUAUGAAAGAAUUUCUCUGUAAUUCUGAUACUACAUUAUGCAUUUGUAUAAGCAUAUUUAUAGGCACUUUAGAAAAUGUUUAGACUGCAGUGUGUAUUAUAGACAUUGAACACAGUUAUGUUAAAUAGGCUUUUGAUUAAUACUUGUACACUGAGAGAUAUGAAAGCUUUAUCACUUGGACCUUUGCUCACUUGGGGCAAAGAGUUGGGAUGUGUGAAUGGAAAAACUGCUGUCUCAGGCUUUUGUCAAAAACUGACACCAUUCCCACUUUUUGAAAGUUGGUGUAAAAGCUAUUAGGUAGAAGAUACGAAAUAAGUACUGUGUGGAGUUUAGCUUUCUGAUCUAACCAAGAUUUCUUUUAGCAUUUUCAAGUUUCACAUGUGUUCAUGACUUUUCUGAGAAAUAACAAAGCAAUUAAAAUGUUUUUGUGGUUAUAACUAUUUGGUACAUUAACAAUGGAAGCUUUACAAUAAAAAAUCUAGGUAUAUUCAAGAUUUGAAAUGCAAAUCUGAACAAAACCUCUGUAGAAAAACUGCCGCAUUCCUGGAAGGGGACGACCUGUAGUUCAAAGUAAUAUAGUACAAAUACAAUCAGCAGAACCAGAACAAAACCAUAAAGUUGUUUCCCUGAAGUACCUUUUUGGAUUUGAACUAGGAUUUGAUUUUAUCUUGAGAGUGGUGGUUUUAUUUCUUAAUCUCUGCUUCCUGGCUUGUUUGAACCAUCGUAGUUCCUUUGAUCAUAACCUCCUUUUAUGCAGAUAUCUCUACUUAGGCAGUAGGAUGCAACCAGGUAAUUUAGAAAGCAGAUAUUUUUGGUGGUAUAAAAACUUUUAGGCAAGGGGGGAAAUAGCACAAUUAAAAAAAUAUUUAUACUGUCAACACUUUUAUUAUUCCAUCUUAUUUGCAAAAUUUUGUUGACAUGUUUUGGAUUUUUACACGAGGAAAACGAAGCUUUCUUGGGUUUUUUCCCCUACCCCCCACUCCAGAGGAGUCAGCACAGUAAACACCGGCUGUGUUUUGGGCUUUUGUGUGCUUGUGUCUCUUCCGUUGAGGAGGGAGAAAGCAGUGGGCGUGCUGUGCUCCUGGUCAGUGCUGUCAAUGUUUCUCACGUUCAGCCGUGAGUACAAGGGCACUCAGAACCAACUGGGAAAUAAUUCACCUUUAGAAGACUUCUGUGUCACUGCUCCCUUUCACUGUCAUGGGUAAUUGAGAGUUGGCUGUGCUGGGAAAGAGCUGCGUCUCUGGUCGAGCUUUGGGUUCUUUCUGUUCAGAUUGAAGUGCCCUCUUCACAGGCUGGACAAGUCUUAAAGCAAGUCAUCACUGGCGGUUUUAAUGCUGAGCUUCCGUAUCAUGGUGUUCAUAUGUACUUCUAAGGAUGUUUGUACCUUGUAAUAUUCACUUACUGUGUGAUUUUUAAAACCUGUCUGUUUUCAAGUUUUAAGCACAAUGUUGAUUCUUCUCUAAUUUCCUAAAAUUACAUUGUUUUCCUACAAACAGCUCAACUUUCCUCUCUGUAUAAUACUUUAGGAGAAUACUACCUUGUAAAAUAAACGUGAUCUUCUUCUUUUAUACCAGCACAAAUA